AGAAGCUCUGACAUAGAAACAAAAUGCUUAAAUUUGUAGAGAUGACUCUAAUAGUUACUAUGUUAUCAAAACUUCUUCAAGCCUCAUUGGCGGGAAAACAGUCAUUUAUCGUUCAUAUGGCGGAACCGGAAAUGCCCUCCGAAUUCCUCCAUCAAGCUCACUGGUAUGACUCCGCUCUCAAAUCGGUGUCUGAAUCGGCGGAGCUGAUCUAUGUCUACACAACGGCGGCGCACGGAUUCUCCGCCAAGCUCACACAGCAAGAAGCUCUGUUUCUCGAAACUCUGCCCGGCGUCGUCUCUGUUCAGCCGGAGAGGAAGUACCAGCUCCACACCACCAGAACGCCGUCGUUUCUGGGACUGGUUGAUUACCUUUUACCCGGAUCCGCUGCUGAAAGUGACGUUGUCAUCGGAGUAGUCGACACCGGAGUCUGGCCGGAGAUUAAGAGCUUCGACGACCGAGGACUGGGUCCGAUCCCAAGCAAGUGGAAAGGAACGUGCGAGACGGGAACCAAUUUCACCGCAUCGAAUUGCAACCGGAAACUGAUAGGUGCGAGGUUCUUUUCCAAAGGGUACGAGGCGAGUCAGGGGCCGGUCAACGAGACUCUGGCGAGCAAAUCUCCCCGGGACGAUGAAGGCCAUGGGACCCACACAAUCUCCACCGCCGGAGGAUCGCCGGUUCAGCACGCCGGCCUGUUCGGCUACGCGGCCGGAGCUGCUCAGGGCAUGGCCAAGAACGCAAGAGUCGCGGCAUAUAAAGGCUGCUGGAACGACACUUGUUAUAGUUCUGAUGUUUUGGCGGCCAUGGACAGUGCCAUCGAAGACGGCGUGGAUAUUCUUUCCUUAUCUCUCGGCACUGGAUCUGUUGACUACUAUGAUGAUGUCACUGCCAUCGGAGCAUUCGCCGCCGUGGAGAAGGGAAUUGUGGUGGUUUGCUCCGCCGGGAACGAUGGUCCUAGUCUAUACACCGUGUCCAACAUGGCACCGUGGAUCAUCACCGUCGGUGCCGGGACUCUGGACCGUGAUUUCCCGGCUCCGGUAACCCUCGGUAACGGAACUAAACUUCCAGGUGUUUCUCUUUACAAUAACAAAGCUGUUCCAUUUCCCGCCAAAAGGCUUCCACUCGUCUACGCGGGGAACGUGAGCAAUGCCACGGAUGGGAAUUUGUGUGUCAGAGGAAGUCUGGAUUCGAGCAACUUGAAGGGAAAAAUUGUACUUUGCGAUCGGGGGAAAAAUGGCAGAGUUGAUAAGGGCUAUGUUGUAAAAGCUGCUGGAGGGGCCGGGAUGGUGUUAGCCAAUGCGGCCGAACAGGGAGAAGAGUUGGUGGCAGAUCCCCAUUUACUUCCGGCAACGCACGUGACAAAAAAGUCUGGGGAGGCCAUCAAGUCAUAUUUGUUCCACGAUCCUAAUCCAACGGCAACAAUUUCCUUCACAGGGACAAAAGUCGGCGUUAAACCAUCACCUAUACUUACAGCUUUCAGUUCUCGCGGCCCCAACAGUAUCACGCCAGAGAUACUGAAACCUGAUGUGAUUGCACCAGGGUUCAACAUUCUUGCGGGAUGGAGUGGGGCCACCAGCCCAACUGGUUUACCAGAAGACCUCAGACGUGUCGAAUUCAACAUAAUAUCAGGGACAUCCAUGUCGUGUCCGCACGUGAGUGGCAUAGCAGCUUUGCUUAAAGCGGAGCACCCGGAUUGGAGCCCUGCUGCAAUCCGGUCUGCUCUGAUGACCACAUCGUACAUAACCUACAUGUCAGGCACCCCACUUAUAGAUGCCGCGACGGGGAAGGAAGCCACGCCAUACGACUACGGGUCGGGUCAUGUGAAUCCCAUGUCCGCAUUGAACCCGGGGCUUGUUUACAACAUAGACACAAACGGUUACCUAAACUUCAUAUGCACCUUGAACUACACUUCAUCCCAAAUUUACGCACUAACGAGAAAAAACUUCAGCUGUGAUGCAAGCAAAAAAUACAGUGUCACAGACCUCAAUUACCCUUCCUUCGCUGUAGUGUUUUCAGAUAAGAAAUCUUCUAUGAAAUACACACGAACGCUCACUAAUGUUGGAGAACCCGAUACAUACGAAGUCUAUGUUUCUGCCCCAAAUUCAGUUGAAAUCUUGGUGGAGCCACAAACUCUGAACUUUACUAAGAUGGGUGAGAAGAAAUCAUACACGGUCACGUUCAAUGCUCUGAAGAUGGUUGCAGGCCAAAGUCUGUUUGGGAGAGUUGAGUGGUCUAGUGGGAUACAAGUUGUGGCUAGUCCUGUGGCCAUUACAUGGUCAUAGUGAUCUCAAACAGCUUGCUAGAGAACUGUGUGUAGAGUCUAGACUUAUAAUGAAUUAGAGAUUGUACUAAUAAGUUAAAAUUAGGGAAAAUUGUCAAUUUGGUUCUCGUACUAUUAUGGAAAAAUCAAUUAGGUUCUUAUAUUUUUAAAAAAAUCAAUCAAAUCCCCGAACUUUGUAAAAACGUUCAAUUGAGUCCAUUUACGGGUUACUUGCCAUGUCAGCAUGCCACCCGCUGACGUGGCGCACACGUGGAACUCCAACAAUCCCUUUGAUGAUGAUGUGGU